AUGAACAGCACACAAUCCUUUCCUGCUCCUCCCGUCGAGAUCUUUGUCGACACGCGAGGAGCCAAGAUCAUGGAAGAUGGCGCCUCGAGUCCAGAUCAGAGAGACAGCCGCGACAUCUACCUGCCCAAUCACGUCGAGGCAGUGUCGCAUAUCGCCGUCGAUGUCGGUGGAUCACUGGCAAAAGUCGUCUAUUUCACACACUCGCGGUCCAGCGAGUCCAUGCCCUCCUCACCAACCAUCUCAUCACCAGCCAUGCUCAAUUCAGCUCUGCCGUCUGCUGCUGGAUCCUCCUCGACGCCCAACACCCUCCCGCCUAAAGCUAGCACUUCCAGCUUCCGCUCGCGGCCGGCCUCGGCAAACGGCACAAUCCCGCCCACCGGCUUCAGGACACCUCCCGCCCAGCUCGACCAUCCCAUCGCAUCCGGCACAUUGACGCCUACCGCCAUCCUUGGUUCGCCGCAGAUCGCAUCGGCAUCAGCCAUCCACUCCACCCUACUCAAACGUCGCUCGUUACCAGCUGCUCUGCCAGGAGGAAGACUCAACUUUAUCAAGUUCGAGACGAGCGACAUUGACAACUGCAUCUCGUUCCUGCGCGAACUCAUCGAACGGUCCGCGGCGUCUAAUGGCGUUUCAAUUGAAGACAUGCGCAAGGGUGUCAAGCUCAUGGCAACAGGCGGUGGGGCACACCUCAUGUACGACUUGUUCGAGCAGGAACUCGGCAUCGAGGUCAACAAGGAAGACGAAAUGGGCUGCUUGAUCACUGGUCUCAACUUUAUCACCCUCAUCCCAGAUGAAGUGUUCUGGUACUCGGACGAGCUGGUGGCAGCAUUGCAUUCGCCUCUUCCUCAGAACGCCGAAGCAAGAGCCGAUGCACAGGCAUUGCGGUCUUCGGUACCAUUGCAACAUCCGCUACCCCGUCCCUCACCGAAUCCGCCCCUCUAUGCACCCAUGUUCGACUCGCAUCCAUCGCCAAAGCUGCCCUGUUUGCUGGUCAAUAUCGGCUCGGGAGUCUCGAUCAUCAAGGUAGACGACUUUGGCAAGUUUGAGCGAGUCUCGGGCACGUCGCUGGGUGGCGGUACGCUGUGGGGUCUCCUUUCCUUGCUCACGGACGCGGACAGCUUCGACGAGAUGCUCGAGCUCUCGGAACAGGGAGACAACGCGAGCGUCGACAUGCUUGUCGGUGACAUUUACGGCUCGGUCGGCCUCGAUCAUCUCGGUCUCAAGAGCUCGACUAUUGCCUCUUCCUUCGGCAAGGUCUUCCGCAAAGAUCCGAACUCGUCGGCUCCUCGCAACGCCGAAGGUCGCCGCAAGAAGUUCCGGUCCGAAGACAUUUGCAAGUCGUUGCUGUAUGCCAUCUCGAACAACAUCGGUCAGAUCGCAUACAUGAAUGCGGAAAAGUACAAUCUCGAUCGCAUCUACUUUGGUGGAUGCUUCAUUCGCGGUCACCAGGCGACGAUCAGCACGCUUUCGUACGCCAUUCGCUUCUGGAGUAAGGGCACGAAGCGCGCCUUCUUCCUUCGACACGAGGGAUACCUUGGCGCGAUUGGUGCAUGGAUCAAGCAUGUCACGCAGGAUCCGACGUCGUCGAAUGGGAGGGCGGCCGCACAAGCUAUGGCUGCUGCUCUGGCAGGCUCAGCGGGCAGGUCGACGCCGUCCGUGCCGUCGGGACUUGGACGCUCUGUGUCUCCAGCUUCGUCGUCGGACGAGCCGAUCGAUUGGGGUAAGAUCCAGGAAGCCUCUUUGCAACCACCCGUGCUCAACGGCGACGGACUGCCUGAGCCAGCUGCACCAGCAGACUCCACAGCGACGCUAUCAAACCCGCUUUUGGCUGCUUUGCGCCAAGCAGAGUCGCAUGACCCAGACAACAAAACACCAACACAAGAGUCGACACAGCAAGAGAAGCACCUGGGCUCGCAACCGCAGUCUGACCUGGACUUUCUCAACCGUCUCAUGAGUCAGCAGAGCCAGCCCGCGCGACAGCCGUCAGCUCAGCAAGCGAACGGCAUUGCUCGCGCAGACUCGGACGAAGCAGAAGCCGUGGAGGGGCAGGACGAAGCAGCGCAGCUCAACGAGAUUCUCGCCUCGCUCAAGUCGUUGCAAAUACCGACGACGAAUGGUGCGGAUCCAGCGGCAGCACAGGCAGAGAGGAAUGAGAUCUUGAGCCUGCUGGCGAAUCUGGAGCAGACCGAGGAGGUGGUAGGUGGUCUCGAAGGAAAGCUGGACAGCCUGCUUUCGUCGUUGGACUCGUUGAUCGCCAAUCAGGAGGCGCAGCAGCUUGCUCAGUCGGCUGUGGAUCGGACAUCUUAG